ACUGGAGUUGCCGGUGUCAAACUAAGCGUAGCUAUUAUGCCGCAUUGGUGGCCUAUUUCACCGGUCUAAAUGAGGAAAGUGAGCAAAAGUAUGGCAAAUCGAUCGCAUGGUUCCAACUGGCCGAGAAACGGAUCACAGAGGCUGAGAAAUUGGUAAAAGAUUUGAAAGAGAGUGAAACGACAAACGCCCCACAUGUCCACGGCGGACCGUUGCGCACCAACGUUCAAUUUGUGGCCGAAGCGGUUAGAUUCAAAUUACCACGAUUGAUUAAAGACAAUGAUUUUAUAUAUCACGAAAGCGUACCAGCUGCGGAAACUCUGGAACCAGUUAAAGGUAGGUUCCGUUGA